AUGUGUGUGAACUGCUUCGCGAAGGCGAUUGGGCAAAUGUAUAAAUCCUUAACAGCAAACAGUUACGAUGACUUCAAGAGCUGGCCAGUGGACUUUCGCUGGGAUGAAAUAAAAACCCAGAGCGGCAGCCACCCAGCACUGUGUGGAGCUGGGGCUGCUACGGGGAUAUUGCGAAAGGCGUCUGUUACUUCUGCUUCGACAGACAGCCAAGAAGACCCUGAUUCCAAUUUCCUGGACCAUAUUCGGGACCUGCCCCGCCAGCUGGCCAGUUAUGUAUUGGCACACUCAUUAGGCCGCUGGCUAGUCUAUCCCGGGUCGCUGGUCAUCGCGACCAAAGCGCUGCUUCCCGGGCUGCUCAGGGGCCAGGCUGUUCUCCAGGACCGGUAUAAAGGAAAGCGGGCCAAGCUUUUGGCUUGUGAUGGCAACGAAAUUGAUACAAUGAUCGUAGACCGCCGGAAAUAUCCUGGCCCCCAGAACCGCGGCUUGCGCCUAGUCAUCUGCUGCGAGGGCAACGCCGGCUUCUAUGAAACAGGCUGUCUUUCGGCGCCGCUGGAGGCUGGCUACUCCGUCCUGGGCUGGAACCAUCCAGGUUUCGCCGGGAGCAGCGGCGUUCCCUCGCCACAGAACGACGCUAAUGCCAUGGACGUGGUAGUUAAGUACGCUAUGCACCGACUGCGCUUUUCACCCGAGCAGAUAGUGAUCUACGGCUGGUCUCUCGGCACUUUCACGGCCACGUGGGCCACCAUGACGUACCCACAGCUGGGCGCGCUCGUUCUAGACGCUCCCUUUGACGACCUUAUGCCCCUGGCGCUGGCGCUGAAGUUAGUUCCCGCCUUCUGCAAGGGAUUGGUGGAACGCACCGUACGGGAAUAUUUCCACCUCAACGUGGCAGAGCAGCUGUUUUGUUAUCCAGGACCCGUGCUGCUUAUCCGCCGCACGAUGGAUGAAGUGGUCAACACGGAUGCCCUUUCCAAAGAGGAGGAGAACAAAGGUCAGGACCUCCGCCCUGCCGACUUGGAGGGAAACAGAGGCAACUACCUGCUACUGAAGUUGCUAGAACACCGGUACCCCAAACUGAUGACCGAUGAGAGCAUGGAGGCUGUGAGACAGUGGCUGCACGCGUCAAAUUCGGCACAAGAAGCUGCCAUAAACCAACAAUACUGUGUGGAUGCCAGAUGGUGUUUGACUGUGCUGCACAACUAUAGGAUUAACAGCAUUAAGUACAGAAAGAAAAUAAAGUGGAAAGACCAAACUACCACACACACCUCAAACCUCCACGGCCCAGACUUCCCCUGGGAUGUGGGUGCCGACCUAUCCCCUGGCCAGCAGAAAAGACUUGCAAUAUUCUUGGCUCAGAAAUACCUGAAGAACGUUGAGGCCCCUCACAGCGGUCCCCUGUCUCCUGAGGCCUUUCAGUUGCCAUGGGCAUUGUAA